AUGGCUUCUCAUCCCCAAGGAGAAGCUCUCGACGAUGUCGAGCGCAACCCUCAUGCCUCCUCCAACAGAUGGCGUCACCAGGAGAGCUCAGCCUUUGCGCGCCAUGCCGCCGGCGCCCAUGCCACCGUCCAACCCCGCGAUCCCCAAGAGCGAGGAACCACAAACGAUCUGGCCAGCUUCCUGAACAGCGACCGCGUCGAGCCCGAGAACCCCAAUGCCCCUCCCAACUUCAAGCCCAUCAUGAUCGCUGCCGGUGAGGCCGCCGGCCAGGAGGAAACGCGCUCUAACCCGACUCACGUUAAUGAGCAAAACGCCCCCGACGGCAGAGAGAUCGUCUGCGGUCCAUUGCUCAACUACCGCAGGAUGGACGGAGAUCGCUGGUACGGAAGUGUCUUGAUCGUCGCCAAGGGCGGUGGUAAGACACAGAGUUUCGCUCCGCACCUGGUUCUGCAUCCCGCGGCAGCGGUCGACGGCCAGCAGGCUCAUGCGGAGACGAACGGAGUGAACGGCACCAAUGGCGCCGUUAACGGCGAGGUCUCCGGCGCAGAAAACGGCAACGGCACGGAGAUUCAGGGUCAAUGCCUCUACUCCGACCCGCGCAACACCUUUUGGGCCUUUGACCUGUCCGUUCCGCUCAGCCAAGCCGAGGCGAAAUGGGAGUACUCGAUUCCCGACAUGCGACAGUCGGCUACCAUCCGCCCUGACCGCUUUCACUUCUUCGUCCCCGCCAUCAACGAGUCGAUGCGCAUCAUGUUCCACUCUUGCAACGGAUUCAGUGUUGGCACCGAUGAGGACGCCUGGAGCGGCCCCGCCCUGUGGAACGACGUCAACAGACACCACAAGGAACGGCCGUUCCAUGUCAUGCUCGGAGGAGGUGACCAGAUUUACAACGAUGGCAUUCGAGUCGACGGGCCCCUGCGCGAAUGGACCGAGAUCGCGAACCCCAAGAAGCGCAGACACUUCCCGUUUCCGGAGAAGCUUCGCCAGGCUUGCGACGACUAUUACUUGAAGAACUAUAUCCGCUGGUACUCAACGGAGCCUUUUGCGACCGCCAACGCCCAGAUUCCCCAGCUCAACAUCUGGGAUGAUCACGACAUUAUUGACGGGUUCGGCUCAUACGUUGACGACUUCAUGCGAUGCGAUGUGUUCAGGGGCAUCGGUGGAACUGCUCACAAGUACUACAUGCUGUUCCAGCACCACCUGCCUCCGCCGGUGUCUACUUACACGUCGGACCACACCACGACAUCCGAGGGCCAAGGCCUCGAUCCCAACCAACUCAUGGACAGCUAUGUUGCCCCUGCCAAGUCGGACCCCAGCUAUAUUGUUGGAAAGCAGGCCGGUCGCACGCGCCACCAAAUCAACUAUCCCGAGACGUACGACUUGAUCUUUGGCCGCCUGAGGCAGGAGCUGAAGUCGGCAGCGGAGUCGGGACGCCCAUUCAAGCAUUUGAUUCUCCUGCUGGGAAUCCCAAUCGCGUACCCUCGCCUGACAUGGCUUGAGAACGUCUUCAGAAGCCCGAUCAUGGGCCCGGUGAAGUUUUUGAACCGGAGAUUCGGUCUCGCCGGCGGUGUCUUCAACCACUUCGAUGGCAGUAUCGACUUGCUUGAUGAUCUUGACGACCACUACACGGCCAGGACUCACAAAAAGGAGCGCAACGCCCUCGUCGAGCGGCUUCAGGCUAUCGCGUCGGAGUUCUCGGUCCGCAUCACCAUUUUGGGCGGUGACGUGCACUUGGCGGCUAUGGGCCGCUUCUACUCCCACCCACGCCUGAACAUCGCCACAGAGAACGACCACCGCUACAUGGCCAAUGUGGUCUCUUCAGCCAUCACCAACAAGCCUCCGCCAGCGGCGAUUGCGAAUUUGCUGGCCAGGCGGAACAAGAUCCACCAUUUGAACCACGAAACUGAUGAGACCCUGCUCAAGUUCUUCGACAAGGACCCAGGUGACACGAGCAAGACGUCAGGCUCCAACCAUGUGACCAUGCCCAGUCGUAACUUUGCCAUUUUGACGGAAAACUCGCCCAACAAUGGACUCGCGGCGCCCGUCAACGGCGAUGCGCGAUCUGUGAUCUCGGGUAAGGGUGGGCAUGAUUUCCUGCACAACGGCGAGGUCGAGUCCGGCUCAAAGCACAAGGCCGCCGGUAAGCAGCACGGUACCGGCAAUGACGGUAGCUUGGACAUCUGCAUUCGUGUCGAGAUCGACCAAUCCAACCCAGAAGGUAUCACUGAGGGCUACGGCGUCACUGUGCCUCAGCUCAAAUACCAAAGCCAACCUGUGCCGGUCGAGGCAUUCCCUGAGCAGGUUGCCCCCAACGGACACGAAGAAUAG